CAGUAGCUUUCCCCCCAACUUGUCUAGAUAUUUUUUUUUAGUUAUCUAGAUCACAAUCUGCCAGUACAAGGGGACACAGGAGCAACAGUGGGAGUACAAACUCUCAUUUCUGAUUUUCUGUUGGAUCUGAAAGUUAAUCAUGGGUCAGCUGUGUACAAAGUGUGCCCAGUUGCUUUGUGACUUGGCUCUCUCAGUAAAAACACUGUCUUCAGGUCUGGUGCAGGAUAUUCAGGAGUGCUUGGGUCAGCUCCAGGAGUGCCCGUGUCUGAAACGGAAAAACUUUAAAACAAAGCAGCUAUACAAGCCUGCCCUUCAGACCCAGGAAGAGGAGAUUGCUCAGGAGUUUCUGCAGCACAUUGAAAGAGGUUUUGAAAUGUCACCACUUGGCAAGGUCUCCCUAGAGGCUCUGAGGACCUUGGCGUUUUCAGAGAAUCCUGGCUUGCAAAAGUCUGCUGCUCUCUAUUACUUGAACAUAAACCAUCAAAACUUGAACAUCCAGCUGCCCCGAGAGCAUCUGGAAAUAUACUAUGCUUUCUUGAAGUCUAGUGACUUGGAGGUUCAGCAGAUUUCGUCGUCGUCCCUUCUGAAUUUCUUACUGGAAGGAAAUGUAACCAAGGAUCAUGUCAUCCAAAUGGAUCUUAUUGAGCCAAUUCUGGAACUGCUUGAGUCUGACGAUGUCACGGUCCAGUGUAAUUCCUGUGCCUGCAUAAUGACACUAGCUGUCACAGAUGCCAGCCAUGAAGCCAUCACAGCAGCAGGAGGAGUGGUACCCUUACUGGCCCUUUCUAGAUCUUACGAUCCCAGAGUCCAACAAAAUGCAGUUGGAGCUAUUUUCAACCUCACACAAUCAGAACGGAUUCAGCAAAUAUUGUUUCGACAAGGUGCUCUUCCAGUCCUCACCCUUUUGUUACAGUCUCCCGACUCAGAAGUACAGUAUUAUAGCUGUGCAGCUCUGAGCAACAUGGCCACAAACUCCCAGCACCAUAGAGCCAUGCUCCAAACCGGUGACAGGUUUCUUCUGCGGAUGCUCCUUUUCCUUCUGUCUUCAUCUGUGAACAAGGUUUCCAACCAAGCUUGUGUCUGUCUCAGGAAUUUAGCCGCGAGUGAGAGUGGUCAGACCAGCAUCCUUGCUAUGCAGAUCCCGUCCCACCUGCUCCCUCUCCUGGCAUCUAACAAGAAAGACACUCAGCACAAUUCCAUCAUUCUCCUCCGGAUUUUAUCCCAGCACCCAGACAACCAGGAUGCACUGAUGUGUGAUGAAGUGCUGCAGGCGGUAGGAAAGCUGCUGCUCAUCUGGAAAAUGGACCCAGUGAUUGUAGGUCACGCUGCCUGCUUUAUUAAAAAUCUCAGCCUUUCCAGAAGCAUACAGAGAGUCAUAGAAAGUCCAUGCAUUGAAGGGCUUUUUCAAGCUGUCCAAAGCGUAGACAUUCUAGAAGAGGAAUCUCUUUACUGUGUGAUGUCUUGUCUUGUUGACCUGAUGAAACAUGAGGGAGCCACAGUGCGCAUGCUGGAAUUGGUGGAUGACUCAGUGGUAUGCAGUCUGGUGACACUGGCUGGCCAAGUGGAACAAACAGAGCCUUCGUUCCACGCUGCCCUAGCGAUCAAACACCUCCUACAGCACAAAGAGGUGGUGUCUUUGUUGAAAUCUCAUAUGAGCAAGGUACAGCAAUACCUCAUCAAGUAUCUUAUUCACCAAGAGAAUCGCUUUCAGCAUCUGGGCAUAUCCACUCUCUGCAUAUUACAGAAAGAGUUUUCAUCAGCAUUCAGCCAAGGCCAACUGAAGAAGCACCUUGACCAAGUCUGUCAACAAACUGCGGAAACCCAGGAGCUUCUCAGUAUUGCUGUCAGACAUAUGGACACCUGAAACCUUGUUCCAUCCUAUGCGUUUUGCUCUAGGUGAUGUCGCUCUGUGUGGCUAGCUUGUUGCCUGUGUAUAGGGAGCUGACUCAUCAUGUGGGUGUCUCAGCUUCAUGCUAUGGCUGUGGGCAAAUCCACAGCAAGCACAUGCGCAAAGGAUUUUUAAGUUCCAUAGUUUGGGUGGAAAUUAGGGACCAAUUUACACAGUAAUGUAUUACUGCUCCAUUAUUCAGCGCUUGAUGAGUCACAGUAGGAUGUGUGGGCAGAUUCUACUAAAAAGCACUGUGCUUGAAGUUUUAUAGAAGGUCUGUUGGUGUUAUUUGAUCCAUGAUGGCUGAUUCAUACAAUGCAGCUCAUUAUUUGAUACAUGGAGGUGCAUGCGUGGGCCAGGCCUGAGGAUACUUUCACUAUCCUUAGAUGUGCAGACUGUAGCAUUGCAUUGUCCUUGUUGAGGCAUUAAUGAACUGUGAGACCCUAUACUGGGAGACUAAUCAAUCUUGCUCUAGGUUCAGCUCUGGCAGCAUGCAAUCCAUUUCACGAGGCAAAUAUCUUCAUGCUGCCUAGGUGUUCCUGAUGGCCUUAAACUCAUCUGCAAGUUGAUGGCAGUCUCCCAUUUCAGAAUACCUGAACCCUAAUGUCACUCCUUCCAGAUGUCCAGUUGUAAAUAAUAAAAUCUUAGCUUUCCGAGUGAAAUUUUAUAAUCUUUUAUUAAAAUCUACAUUUUAAGAAAGAAAUGUGUGUGAAAAGUAUGUAUCAUGCUAGCUGGUACCAUUAUAUAAUGCUACUCAGCCAGCCUAUGUUUAUACAUGAAUGACCAAUCAGUUCUUUCAUUGCCUAAGGAUAUGUUGUGGUGGAACACUUUACAGCUUUUGAGACCUCAGUUUUCAGCAUUAGGUUUUAGCACAUUAUCCAAAGCAUGAAUUUGUUGGCACAUUUCAGAAAACAGAUUAGCUUUCUCCAGGAUUUAAUUAAAAUAAUAUUCCUUCAGCUUAAACACACACACACAACCUGGGUGAUUUUAACCCAAGAGCUACAAAUUCUAGAAAAGUAGUAGAUACCCCAUGCCAUCCAAAUUCACUGCAUCCCUAUACAUACAUACACACCAAAAUACCUGGCAGGAACCAUCUAGACAAUCCUGGAUCACUAGUUUUUAUAACUGCCUCACUAGCAAAUGAGUAGGACUUCACUGGCAUUCACUUUGAUAUGUCCUAAAGUGAGAAACACAAAUACCAUCAAUUUAUCUCUGUUUGCAAUUCUCUUUCCCUAAUUCAAACACUUCAAAAAGUUGUUAUGCAGAGUCCCUGACACCGAUCCCUCAUUUAAUACACAUCAUUUUGGAAUGGAUCAUACAUACCUAUGGAUGUCAGAACAAAUUUGCAGUAAUUUGGAAAAACUUUUGAGCAGUAAAUUUGAAACAGUGUGGGAAUAUUUUCCUCUAAAAAGUUCCCAUGAGUGCUACUUUUAACAGAAAAUGGAUGUUAAGUUGAAUUAUGGCUGCAAUUCAGAUGGCAAGGGCAUUUAAUGAUACCAUGUUAUGAAUGACGGCACUCUUGAUUAAGGGCAGGUAAAUUUUACAUUGCCCAAAUCAUAAAAUGUUUAAUUUACUAUUUUGAUAUCCUAUAAACAGAGACUACUAUUGUGCUUUAGGAGGAGUCAUGUCAAAAGAAAUAAACUCAUUCCCUCAGUUCCUAUCUUCUUGUAAUAUUCAUUGCGGUAACAUUUGAGAAUAAUUGGGUUGAAUCCUCCAUUAGGUCCAGUCGUGACCGACUCUGGGGUUGCGCGCUCAUCUCGCAUUAUUGGCCGAGGGAGCCGGCGUAUAGCUUCCAGGUCAUGUGGCCAGCAUGACAAAGCCGCUUCUGGCAAACCAGA